AUGGCAGAUACAGUUUAUCUCGAUCAUGCUGGUACAACUCCAUAUCCUCGCUCAAGCGUUGAUGUGUUUUCCAAGGAUCUUAAGCAGAACCUCUUUGGGAAUCCCCAUUCAAACUCACCUUCAUCCAAGCUUUCAACGACCCGCAUUGACUCGGCGAGAAAGCGAUUGCUCGCAUUCUUCAAAGCAGAUCCAGAACAUUUCGAUCUGGUUUUCGUAGCCAAUGCCACGGCAGCUAUCAAAUUAGUCGUCGACUGUGUUGAUGACUACAGCCGGUCUCAACCAAGUCCUGGCUUUUGGUACGGCUACCAUGCAGACUCCCACACAUCACUAGUAGGGGUGAGAGCAGUAGCGUCCUGCUCCGCGUAUUUCGCCUCAGACGAAUCUGUGGAAAGCUGGCUCGAUGGCGUCGACAUCCGCGCUACGACUGAUGCCGAGAAGGUCGGGUUGUUCGCGUACCCUGGUCAGAGCAACAUGAACGGCCGUAGGCUACCACUUUCAUGGUCAGCAAGGCUUCGCCAGUCUCCAUACGCAAUGCACCGUAACACCUUCACGCUAUUGGAUGCUGCAGCUUUGGCCUCCACAUCACAGCUCGAUAUGAGCCAUCACGAGACCGCACCAGACUUCACUGCCGUCAGUCUAUACAAAAUAUUUGGGUUCCCGGAUCUAGGCGCACUCCUCGUCCGCAAAGCAUCCAGUCACCUUCUGAGAAAGCGUCGCUACUUUGGCGGUGGCACUGUAGACAUGAUCAUCAACGCAACGGAUGAAAAAAAUACCUGGCACGCAAAUAAGAACUCAACGGAGGAAAGACUCGAAGAUGGCACACCGCCUUUCCACAACAUUAUCGCCCUAGAGUCGGCUUUGACGAUCCAUGAGAGGCUUUACGGGUCAAUGAGUAACGUCUCAGGAUACACUUGCGCCCUUUCGAAGGCUCUGUACGACCGAAUGAAGGUUUUGUACCAUCGGAAUGGCAAUCCGUUAUGCAAAAUAUAUGCUGGGAGUUGCCCGGCAUACGGUGACAAGACAAAGCAAGGCCCGACAAUUGCAUUCAACCUCAUGGAUAAGGCUGGCAAGUGGAUGGGUAAGUCCGAGGUAGAGCAGCUUGCUAUUGCAAGAGGCAUCCAACUGAGGGCUGGCGGCGUGUGCAAUCCUGGCGGCAUUGCCACAUCUCUCGAGCUCAGUCCUGUGCACAUGAGGGAGAAUUUCGAUGAAGGUUUGAGAUGCGGUAAUGGCAUUGAUGUGCUUCAUGGCAAACCGACGGGGAUCGUGCGGGUCAGCCUUGGGGCUAUGUCCAGCAUGCAAGACGUUGAGGCUUUUCUCUCAUUCUUGAAGACGUUCGUCAGUGGGCAAGAAGCGAUCAGGGAAACCUCGGUCCCAAAGAUUGCCCCCACGAGGCACGGACAAACCUCAAUUGCUGUCAAGCUUGGAAUGAAGAGUUAUAACAUCGUCUACAUCGAUGAGAAGGAAGAAGUAAUGAGCUAUGUCGAUCACGUGCCAUACCUUGGGGGGACUGGAACCUUCAAGAGUGCACUGAAGGCAGAUGCUCAGCUUGAAAUGAUGGUCAGGUCUUACAGACGCGUAAAGGGCAGGAGUCUUGCUUGGUUGUUACCGCUGUUCCAAGACAAAGCGACUUUCGUUUGA